AUGGGAAAACUGAAAUCCUGCCACAGACUGGAGCAUCUCUCCGCAGUGCUCAAAGUCCUUGGUGAAGAGCCCAUAUGGCAGGAUUUGCCGAAUACACAGCGAUCGUACACUUGCAAGCGCUGGAAAGCGACGGUGAGUCACUACUCCAACAAAAACACGAUUUUGGUGCAGGGCAAAGAUGUUGACGUUGCUUCGAAAGAGCUGGAAGCGGCCCUGGAGGCAACACCUGAUCUGGGCUCUCAAUCUCAGGUCACCAUAGUGUCCAAGAAGGUGCCGCAGGUGUCUGCCCAGGACACUCCCCGCAUAUGGACAUCGGUGCCAGCUCAACAGCCACAACCUGGACCGCAACCAGGUGAAGUGUGGCAUCUUUACGUGGAUGGUGCCUGUCCUAGCAAUCAAAACGUCCAGAGCACGCAUCAUCCUGCGGGCUGGGGUGUGGCCAUUUACUUGCGUGCGCCAGAUAAACCGAUGCGGCUCUUUCGUUCAUUGUAUGGGCCAGUGGUGGUGGACCACUCCUCCCCGUUGAGCCUGGGUGCAGAGGUCGGCUCCAACAACACCGCAGAGCUGUCCGCCUUUGGAGAGGCUCUAUUCUGGCUGCGGGAUGAAGCACCAGAGCCGGCGGUCGCGGCGAUAUCGGCAGUACUUCACUAUGAUUCGCAGUAUGCCAAGAAGGUGGCAGUUGGAGAGAACAAAGCCCACAAGAAUCAGAUCUUGGCCGAGAAAGUACAGAAUUUGUGGAGACAAGUUUCAGCACAAAGGAAAGUGGAUCUCGAGUGGGUUCAAGGCCACACAGGUGAUACAGGGAACGAGCUGGCAGAUAGGCUGGCCAACGAGGGAGUGACAGGACGCUAUAGCCUCAAUUCGCAGCGCUGGGCACGGGCGCUUGGAGGACUCGAAGGACUCGAAGGGGCAAGGCAAUUCUUCCCAACGGUACGAGCUGUCGAAGGUCCUGAGCCAGCGGCCAAGCGUGCAAGACGCGAAGCCCUGCCGGCAACCACUGGGGUUACGCAGCACAGUGUUGCCCCACUUGAUACAGCAGGUCACCAAGCAGGAGAUUCCCACACUGCGAACUCAAGCCCUGUUGAAGCGGAUGCCUUGCUCUUUGGGCCGUUGAAAGGAACUCCUUUGACGCAGGUCGUCCAGAAGUACCCGCCCGUGGCAAUUCGGGCCUUGGCUACUUUGCAGGCCUAUGUCAAGGCGACAGGAUUGGAGGCCUUCGAACGGUUUGAACGGUCAGUUUCUGUGGUGCAAGCAAGUGCAUCAUCAGCUGAACAUUUUUCUUUGCCAUGUGGUGCAGCACAUGGGCGCGUUGGAGUGCUGCGAACAACGAUUCCGAUCCGUGCGGACUGA